CGUUCCGGGACGUUGUUACUGACGCUCCGCGGUCGCCGGGGCCGCCGGCGCGGAGCCGCGGGGGGAUCCCGGCCGGAUUCUAAAAAUGGAAUGGGGAGGAGAGUAUUCUUUUGAUUCUUCCAAUUUAGACUGUUUGUUAGAUGUCCUCCCUGGAGAAUUGGAAUUUAGACAAAUCCUUAGUGAUCUUGAUGAAAAAAUAAAGAAGAACUCCUCCAGCAUAGAAAAGUGUCUCAAGGACCUGCAAUUGGACAUAAAUGAAAUCUAUGCUGACGAAGUACUACAAAGCACAACUGACUGCAUUCAGUGGCUAAAUAACUGCAAUUUUAGUUCUCUGAGACCUUCUUCUACAGACCAUGGAGAGCUGCUGGAGUUCCUUAAGACCUUGCAAAACUUGUUGAAGAAUGAGAAAAAUCAAGAAGAAAUGGUACUUCACUUCCUUCUGGAUCUGUCUAGUCAGUGUGGUGUCUCAUUUCCCUGUACUGCAAGUGGGACGUCUUUUGAGAUAACAUCCUCGCUUCAUACAAUUCAGGAUGAUUCAGCUGUGGAUGUGAAAUCUCUUUGGGACGAUGUGAGAUUGCAUCUUCGACAAUUUUUAGUAAAUAGACUGCAAAGUCAAGAAGAAACAAACUCUAAUGCUUCUCAACAACAAAUGGAGUUUAAAACUCAGUGUGUGCAGCAGCUUUUGUUUCUUUAUCCCAAAUCAGAAGUCUUAAUGAGGUAUCAAAAUAUGCAGAAUAAACUGGUUAGUGAUCUUCUACAAAACUGUAUUUUGUCUAGUUGUGGUGAAACAAAUUUUGAUAAAGUGGUUCAUGGUUACCAAAGUUCCAUACCCAGAUUAUGCACAAUGAUAAAAGAGGAUUUGUAUAUAUUAAGUGGGACAAUUGGUCCAUCUUCGUCAUUAAAGUUUAUUAAUGAAACUUACCUGGAUACCAUCACUGAAGAAAUGACAGUUCUUCUUGAAAGACUUUGUGAACUGCAGUUCAAAGAAAAUGCUCUACACAUAGUUAAAGCAAACAAGAUUUCAAAGAAGCAUGGAGGAAGAGUUCACGCUGUGGCCUCCCAGGAAUACCACAGGAAAGGACGGAACUUCUGCUUAACCUUAUAUCAACUCAAAUGUCUUUCUCAACUUAUCAAACUCUUCUUAUUAAUGGAGGAAAAAAUUGAAGAGCUCUCUACAGAAUUUCUGCUGCUGCCUUCAUUUACAGAGAGGAAUAAGAAUGUUCAAGGAGUUCUGAAGAGAGCUAGUGGGGAGCUUUUAAUAGGAGAAACUAGAGCAAAUGAAACCAGCGUGCUUCCUGAGCAGUUACUUCAGGUAGAAGAGCCUAUUUUACUGAGUUUUGGCUGGAGAAAUGCAUUUAAAGACCUGUCUUCUUCUGUGGCUCACUGUAUAACAAUAGCAAUUGAGGAUUUUUCAUCUAAAAUUCUUCAACAUGAGCAGAAAGAAGAGUUUUCAGCUGCAGGCUGUGCAAUGAGUCUUGUAAACAACCAGCAAAUGAGGGAGUCCUGCAGAGCAGUCCAACAGGAGGAGCAACCAAAACGAAUUGCUAAGUUUUGUUCUGACAUCAUGGAAGAACUCGACACAUUGCUUCCAUUGGCUCUGGCCUGCAGAGAUGAUUCUCUACAGGAAAUUAGAGCAAACUUUGUAGAGGCCUGCAGCAAAGUGGCAACAGCUGUUCUGGCAAGACUAGAGGAGAAAAGCAAAGAUGUUCCCUUGAAGGCUCCCCUGCAAGACUUGUACGCUGCCCUUUCCACGGCGAUAUACGUCUUUCAGCAUUUUACAAUGUACAGCAAUUUAAUGAGAGAAACAAGCAAAAAACCCCUGUUCCUAGUGCCUAUCCAAAAAUGCCAGGAAUUUAUCAACACGCUCCAGUUUCAAAUUACGAACUACUGCAUCAGAGUUUGUGCUACGAGCAUUUUACAAGAUGCUGAGAGCCACUGCUGGGAUGACUACAAAGCUUUUUACGAGGGGGAAAGAUGCUCAUUCUCUGUCCAGAUGUGGCAUUACUUCUGCUGUGCUCUUCAUCAUGAUCUAUGGACUAUUCUACCUCCAAAGACAGCCCAGGAGAUUCUUACAGAUGUAUUAGAGCGAUCUUUGGAUAUUCUAUGCUCCAGAUAUUGUCAGGUGUGUCCCAGCUACAAAAGAACACCACAAAUCAGAGUUGAUAUUGCAGCUAUUUUAAUGUCCACUGAAGAUAUGCUCUGGUCAAUUUGUAGUUCUGUACAGGAGUUUCUGAAUCCACACAAAGACAGAAAUCUCAAGAUCUAUAAAAUACAUAGCCACUGCAAUAGUCUGAUCUCUGUGCUGGCUAUUUUAACUUCACCGUUGAAGAAUUUGUAUGAGACAUUUCUGGGUAAUUCUGAUGAACAUCUUCCUCAAGAUUUUUCGAAAGUCUUUUAUCAUCCAUUACACUGGUUAUUUUGCAUACCGUCAUCCUGUUUUUACUUUCAAAAGACUCCGUCAGCCAGAGAAAUGGCAUCCCAAGGUCUGCUGAAGCUGCUCUUAUCCCAGCCAUACUGUAAUUUGAACUUGCUUUUGGAAACAUUGCUACACCAUGAUUGUUUCUUAGUGAAAAUUUUGUUGAGAAGCUCAAGUAAUCAAGCAUUAAAUUGGGGUGAACAGAGUUCUCUCUUGGAACAGGAAAAUAACAAAGAGCCUACUCUGAUUGAAACAAUCUUCACAGUAUUGUCUUACUGCACUUUAUCACCCAAAUCUCUUGGCAUUGCUUUUGAGUCCUACAUGGAAAAAGAGCUGCUGUGGAACUGCUUAUACAAUAUGACAGUUUCCAGUUGUGGUGAGUCGGAGCCUGAAGUUGUCAGAUGCUUGAAGUUGACUUUGAUUAAUUCAGUGAAGGGUAUAGUGAAACAAAUAAUUUCUUUGAUGCAUUCAUGGGAGGCAACAGAAAACUAUGGAACAUACCAGCACAAGCAAAUAGUUCCUGAAGGUUUACUGAAAACUGUUCCAAAGGAAUGGAAUUACACUCCUCGGGAAAUGAAGAGAAAAGAAUCUGGCAAAUGCUUCACAAGGCUUGCAGCUCAAGCAGUAUCUAUUGUAAUCAGCAAGUUACCUACAGUGAUUGCAUGUUUGCCUCCCCCAGUUAAAUACUUCUUUUUUCUGGCUGAGAGAAAAAUGUCAAGAAACUUUGCUGAAUUGAAGAAAGCUGGUCUGCUUGUCUGGAACUUGAUUGUAAUUAUAUGUCGGAUAUUUGAGGAUGGAAAUACUGCAGAAUUUUUAACAGGUGCAACACUUGACAGAUGGAGCAAAGAAAAACUCAGUUUAGUUCGUGUGUGCUUAGAAAGUAUUAUGGGAAAACAGAAAAGUGGUCCUAAGCAAGUGACCCAGAAGAUUAUACAAAGCAUUGAGCAACAAAGACCAAACUGGAUUGAGAACCAGUUGCUGAAGGCAAGAAAAUUGAGCAUAGACUGUGCCUCAGUCACAGUUAAAGGUGCAACAUUAGAGGAAGGAGGUAUUGCACUUGGAUUGUCUGAGCAUAAUAUAAACAUGAUGGUCCUGGAUAUCUGCCACAAACCAGGUGGUAGUGAGUACCUGAGGCAAAUUUAUCACAUCAUCCGGCUCAAUGAGGAAUAUUUGAAAGAGCAGCUGUCUUGUGAGAAUUCUUCUGAAGAUGGUGUUACCUCGAGUCAAUAUCUGCCUUUGACACUGAAGGGCAGAGAAGAGCAGCCUGUCUUCAACCCUUUCCAGGUGUACAGACAAUCUUAUGCAAAAGUAUUCAAUCAGUCAGCCAUUACUGAAUGGAACUGGGAUUGGUCAAGCUUGCUGCCAGGUCACUUGGGACUGAAUCAGAUGGCCUUCAAGGUGCUGCUGUCACACAGGUGGGAGAUGAAAGAAGAUGCAGAUCUUGAAGAUGAGGAGCACAUUAUGGUAGAACACUUAAGAAAUGUUUAUUUGACACAGAGGACUCCUGUCUCAGAGGACAAAGAAGAACAAUUACCUUGACAGGUGUCGGGUAGCACCUUUUUUCUGUAUUCAACAGGAUUAAGUUAAUGUCAUAACUCACAGCAUUAGAAAGCUCAGAAAUAUGUAUCUUGAGUAAAAAGUUUUAAAUUAGAGAGUGUUCCCUUGUUGUUGUCUGGUCACCCUAUCCAGAAAGCAAUUGUUCACAUAUGCAUAAGGUGAGGAACAGUACAGGAAAAUGUCAGUGUCACAAACAAGGAGGUUGUAUCUCAGUACUGCAGAGGCAAAAACCUGAAUGACAAACUAAGAAUUGUUUCAAAAAUACAAGCUUCACUCUGAAAAUAAUGCAAUUUAGGACACAAGCUAAGCAAAUGUUUCUGGUUUCCAUUCACCACUUUGUAGUUGGAGUCAGCCUGCCUUCAGUUUGUGUAACUCAAGGACCUUUUCCUUCCUUUGAUGCUUGUUUAUUACAUCACAAAAUACACGAAAGGGAAAGGUAUAGACUAUAUAGCUACAGUCCUUUUUGAGUUGCUCCAGGAUGAGUAUGCUUGGCCAUUGUUCCAAAUCAAAAAUGCAUCAGCAUUACUGCAUUCACAAAUACUUAACAUCCAGUGUAUUUUAUGGCUUAAAAAACACUGGAUUUCUCAUAAUAGAGAAAUUUUAGAAGUUUUGAGAAGCAUAUUUUUAUUUAAAAUAAUUAUUUGCAUGCAGUGCUCACAGGAUUAUCUUAAAAGUGAAUUGAGAAAAUAAUAAAUAAUUAAAAAAAUAAAUAAAGUAAAAUUUCAUAUUCAAA